CAUCGUCCUUCCAUUUUUUAAUGCUUUCUCGCGCGCCUUCAUUGGCGCUGCUCCGCUCCUUACAGACCUCGUCCAUAUGUUUCCGAUGCGCGAGGAGACUCGCCAACUCUGGCCAAGCCGCCACUCGGCCUCUCACCCGCAACGCUCAGAGGUAUCAGGGAACGAUAGCAAGAGAUGACAGCGCCAACAAGACAUUCUUCUGGGCCAAUGCUUUUAGAGAUGGAUCGAAGCGAAAUGCGUCCGGGUCUGAGGAGUCACAGGAGACUGCGUUGAGGUCAGAAGGAGCAAAAGUCGAGGCUCAGACAGUUCCGCUCUCUGCUGUGGCGGACCAACAGGCGACCGCGAGCACAGAGCCUCCGCAUCGUCGGAGAAAGCGUUUAAAGGCUGCGAGCAAUGCUCUCGCUACUGGAGACACACCUCUUCCUCCCGAUGCAUCCUCCAUUCUCUCCAGAGACGCAGCAGCAGCGCCGGCCAGAUCCUUUCGACGCGCUCUGUCCGUCUACCUCUCUCUUUCCAAACCCCGGCUGGCCUUUCUCAUCGUUCUUACAACGACCGCGUCGUACUCAAUCUACCCGGUCCCCGCUCUUCUGAGCACCACAGCCACCGCCGCCCCGUCUCUCAGCACUCUCACCCUCCUCUAUCUGACGUCCGGAACCUUUCUCACCAUCGCCUCUGCCAACACCCUCAACAUGCUGUUCGAACCGCAGCACGAUGCUAAGAUGAGCCGCACUCGAAAUCGACCUCUCGUCCGUGGCCUCGUCAGUAAGCGUGCGGCUCUAUUAUUCGCCCUUGCAACCGGUCUUGUCGGCACGGGCAUGCUCUGGUACGGCGUGAACCCCACCACAGCCAUGCUCGGAGCCGGCAAUCUUGCCUUGUACGCCUUUGCAUACACGCCAUUGAAACGCAUCCACCCCGUAAACACAUGGGUCGGUGCGGUCGUAGGCGCUGUGCCUCCUCUGAUGGGCUGGUGCGCCGCUGCCAGCCAAUACAGCCUCACGAACGCAUCCAACGCAACCUGGUCCUCCAUCUUCUCCGAAUCGAAAGAACUUCUCUUCACAGAACAAGCAAUCGGCGGCUGGCUGAUUGCUGCUCUCCUCUUCGCCUGGCAAUUCCCGCACUUCUUCGCCCUCUCUCACGGCGUGCGCAAUGAAUAUGCCGGCGCGGGGUACAAAAUGCUGAGCUCGUCCAACACGGCCAUGGCCACUCGGGUCUCUUUGCGAUACAGUCUAGCCAUGUUCCCGAUUUGUGCGGGCUUGAGCUACUAUCAAGUCACGGAUCCUGCGUUUGUGGCGACUAGCGGCGUUGUCAAUGCGUGGAUGUUGAGAGAAGCGGUCAGGUUCUGGCGGCACCAAGGAGAGCGCGGGUCUGCGCGGGCGCUGUUUUGGGCAAGCGUGUGGCAGCUGCCGAUUGUGCUUGUGCUUGCUAUGGUGCAGAAGAAGGGCCUUUGGAACAGGCUGAUCGGAGGUGCGGACGCCGAACCUGAGGAUGAUGAAUUGUGGGAUGAAGAUGAAGAGGAGUAGACAAGAUAUGU